CAAUUGGGAGAAAAGCUGUUUGUUGCGUAGUAAUGACUGUCUGUGUCUACUUCCUUCCUGCUUUUUGUAGUAGCCUACACUAAGCAAACAACAGCCUAGUAGCCUACUACGCCGACGCGACGUGUUGAAGAACUCAAAUGGUCAUAAAGAGCAAGUAUUUUGGACACGCAGCGGGAGAAAAAGUUCAUUUAUGGGAGAACUGGCCUUCCUUUUGCCUGUCCGGAAAUAAGAAGAUUGUGUGUUAUGUGAAGUUCGCUCAACAGGUAUUGAAUAUUCUGAGACGCGCUGGAUAGCACUUUGUGCUGUACAAAUUCUCAUCGGAUUUGAUGGUUGGUCGGACAGCCACCCGUUCGAUAUUUCAGAACUCAUAGAGGGGUUUCUAUUAGGACGAGGUGUCUGUUAGUACAGGAAGAAUCAGCAGGAAAUUCCACCUCUCCUUUCACAUACCCCACCAAAUGCUAUGGUGGUGUGUAGAUGCCAGAGCACCAACCAGGACUAGAGCUAGAUGGGAGCCCAUACUGACAGUACCAGUCUGAUACUAUGGCUGCUUAUGCCCUGAGCAGUCUGAUUAUGAUGAAUAGCAACAAUCUGAAGAGUAAGAGCAGCCCUCGGACUGGGAGGCCUGUGCUGCCUGUGCCAGACCGCUCCACCUACUGCCAACUCCUGGUGACUGGGGGCCCCUACAGCCCUAGCAGCCUGAGUCCUGGCUCCCCUGGGGGCUCCUUCAUCUUUCCCCCCUCUCCAGGCCCCAGCAGCCCCAGGGCCCGCUCCCCUUGCCGCCACCCUGAUACCCUGGGGGUGAUCGUGGGCAACCGUGUCCGCCGGCUCAGCAGCAACGGAGAUGAUGAGGCCCCAAACGGGGAGGUGAAACGCACAGUGCAGCUCCUGCAGAUCCACCGGGAGCUCCUGAAUGUGGAGGUCAACAAGAAGGUGGGUCUGUUCGAGGCCCAGAUCUCUGGCCUGCGCACCCAGGUUCAGAACGCUGAGAUCCAGCGCAGUCCUAGGGCCCCACGCAGAACAGGCCCAGCCUCCCAGGCCAGUCAGCCCACACAGGUGCCCACCCUCAAUCCCCCACAGAGAGACUGCUCUCCAAGCAUUCCCAAGGAACUCCAGAAUGGGAAAUUGUGUCUCCGCUCGGAGCAGGGAGUAACGGGGAAUGGCAGAAUAGAAAAUAGCACGGCUGACCCAAAUACGGAACAGGGAAGUCUGCUUGUGAAGAAAUCAGCAGGAACUUGGUCYGAAGCUGACAGUUCAGCAAGCAGUCACUCCCCGAGUUCACUGGGGAUUGGCAGCUUCUUGGCAGGCAGCGACAGUGAGCGCCCUGCGGAGAGGGCCCAGACCUGCCUGACAAAGGCAGGAACGGAGCCAACGRAAACCCAGCUGCAAGCAGCCUCGGCCUGGGCCGACAGAGAGGGGAGCUGCCCAGAGGUGGGGACCACCAUCCCAGCCGUCAUAGUAACGGACCACGGGAUGGAGGCCCAGGGAGAAGGUUGUGAUCCGAGCAGCGAGCCCCAGCACAGCCCCAGGUCAUCCCGAGCCCUGAGGAAGCUGUCCUCCUCCUCAGCCUCUUCCACAGGCUUCUCCUCCUCCUGGGAGGAAUCAGAGGACGACAUCUCCAGCGACCCGGAGAGAGCCGAGGGACUGUCACCUGCCCUCCUUAACACCCAGCAGAAAGCUCACAAGUCAUGGAAGAAGAUCAAGAACAUGGUCCACUGGUCUCCGUUCGUCAUGUCCUUCAAGAAGAAGUACCCUUGGAUCCAGCUGGCGGGUCAUGCAGGCAGUUUCAAGGCGGGGGCUAACGGGCGGAUCCUGAAGAAGCACUGUGACUGUGAGCAGCGCUGCCUGGACUGGCUGAUGAAUGACGUGCUGCGGCCCUACGUACCGGCCUACCACGGAGACGUGGAGAAGGACGGGGAGAAGUACAACCAGAUGGACGACCUGCUCUCUGAGUUCGACCUGCCCUGCGUCAUGGACUGCAAGAUGGGCGUCAGGACAUACCUGGAGGAGGAGCUGACCAAGGCCCGUAAAAAGCCCAGUCUAAGGAAGGACAUGUACCAGAAGAUGGUGGAGGUUGACCCCCUGGCGCCCACACCAGAGGAGCAGGAGCAGCAGGCGGUCACCAAGCCCCGCUACAUGCAGUGGAGAGAGACCAUCAGCUCCACCGCUACACUAGGCUUCCGCAUCGAGGGCAUCAAGAAGGAAGACGGGACGGUAAACAGAGACUUUAAAAAGACCAGGAGCAGGGAGCAAGUGACAGAGGCAUUCACUGACUUUGUCAAAGGAAACCAGAACAUCCUGAACUGUUAUCUGGACAGACUGAAGGAAAUCAGGAACACUCUGGAAAUAUCAACCUUCUUCAAGACCCACGAGGUGAUUGGCAGCUCACUGCUGUUCGUCCAUGACAAGCGGGAGCAGGCCAAGGUGUGGAUGAUAGACUUUGGGAAGACCACCCCUCUGCCUGAGGGACAGGUCCUGAGUCACAGAGCCACCUGGGAGGAAGGCAACCGUGAGGACGGCUACCUCUAUGGCCUGGACCACCUUAUAGACAUUCUCACCCAAAUGGUGGUGACCCCAGAGCCAGACUCACUCUGAGAGGACCGUCCUGUCAACCCCUCCCCACCUCGACCCUACCCCCCUGGCAGGACCACCACCUCGCACUACAGUGAUGCCUCUGGUGUCCCCAAAAAGCUACCCCUCUCUCCGUCCCUCCCUUAUUCCCCCUCUCCCUGGCCCCAGAAAAAAACUGUAACCACACAAGUGAAAUGUGAUCACUGUUUUGUGUAAACUUGUAGAUUCUGUACAUACUGCUGUACAGUGUGUUUCUGUUCUGAUGAGACCAUGGGUUAGGUUAGGUUCUUUCUCUGCAGCUAGUCCCGUGACAAGCCUUCUUGAGAUUUUAGUUGGUUUUGUUUAAUGAGAGUUCUUUUAAAAAUUAUUUUAGUGUUAGCUAACAUUGUAGAGCACUUCUUGCUUUCAUAGAGGAUUACAUUUCUUAUGAGUUACAACUUCUAUGGUGCUUGGCCUUGUGGUGAAAGAGAGACAAUUGAAAUAGUUAUAUUCAGCACCUCCUGUGUUUUUAAACUAACAUACAAUUUAACAUUGACAGAAAAUGUCAAGGGUCAAUAUUACCCUUUUUAGCUGUUAGGAUUGCCAUAUUCCAUUUCCUUUAUAUGAUUGUAUUUGUGACCCCCUUUCCAGAAUUCUCCAAUGUUUAUUAUUAGUUUGUUUCUCAUGAUGUUACAAAAGCUAUUGUAAUAGUGCACUUGAGACUGUGUGCCGUGAUGUGCCUGUCUAUAUUCAUUUCAGUGCCUUCAGAGUGAAAGUAGAGAAGGUUGCAUGAGUAGAUUGCCCUCCGAUAUGCACUAAGAACCUAUUUUAUUAAGGCUAAUGUUGACAUUCCUGGAAUCAACCAUUGAGGAGUGACUAUCAGUUCAGAGGUAAAUGUACAUGAAGCAGAGAGAGUGGGCGACUGCCUGGUCUCUAACAGGAAGUGGCCCUUAACCAAGUGAGAAUGAGUUUGCAUUCUAAAUAUUCCAAGUUCUUCAGCCAUUCAGAACACUUAAAAAGACCAGGUUUUAUUCUCUUAUUGUCAUGGUUCCCUUAGUCAGAGGUGGCAUCACCUGUGAUACUCUGUCAUUAAUGUAUAUGGCCUAGCAUUGUACACCCAUAAUAAUCACUGCUCUUGAAUGAAACCAUCCCAUCCUGUUUUCCAAGGAACCUGUUCUUGAGGGGAGUUUGUUAUUGUGCACAAGGCAGCUUGUGAUUGCUGUUUGCAUGGCUAUUUGCUAUUCAAAUCUACCAUUCCUGCCUCUUGCCCAAACAUCCUGAGGUGGCAAACAAACUAAUGGGAUUUCUGUCUAUUGUCUACCAGGUUUAUAAACAGGGAGACACUUUCAUCAUUGUCUGAUUGGAUUAAAUUAGCAUUAAGUCAUGUUUUGGUGACAAUCAGGUCACACAUGCAUGACAUUGACCAUAAAAAGAGUGACUGACAUUGUAUGGUAGUUUUUAUGGCAGUUAAUA